GCGCUGUGAAGGUUUGAUGACACACACACAAUGCUGCACAGCCAGUCGCCUGAAACGUCGCAGGGAUAGUCAUGGGGAAGACAGGUGGAAGAAACGACUUUGAAUGGGUCUACAAUGACCAGCCGCACACUUCAAGAAGAAAAGAAAUACUGGCCAAAUACCCGGAGAUCAAGUCUCUGAUGGGUCCAGAUCCACAGCUGAAGUGGGUGGUGUCAGGCAUGGUCCUGACACAGCUCCUGGCCUGCUACCUGGUGCGCGACCUCUCCUGGAAGUGGAUCUUCUUCUGGGCAUACGCUUUCGGAGGCUGCAUCAACCACUCCCUGACUCUGGCCAUCCACGACAUCUCUCACAACGUGGCGUUUGGAAACAAGUUGGCAAAGUGGAACCGCUGGUUUGCCAUGUGGGCCAACCUGCCCAUCGGGUUGCCGUACUCCGCCUCCUUUAAGAAGUAUCACAUUGACCACCAUCGGUAUCUUGGAGGAGACCAACUGGACGUAGACAUCCCCACUGAUAUUGAGGGCUGGUUCUUCUGCACCCCAGCCAGGAAGGUGCUCUGGCUCUUCCUGCAGCCCUUCUUCUACGCUCUCCGCCCGCUGCUGGUCAAUCCAAAACCGGUGUGUCAGCUGGAGAUCCAGAACGCAGUUAUUCAGCUAAUAGUAGACUUAAUUAUCUAUAACCUGUGGGGGCUGAAGCCUAUUGUUUACCUCAUAGCAGGAUCUGUUCUUUGCAUGGGACUGCAUCCUAUCUCGGGACAUUUCAUAGCCGAGCACUACAUGUUCCUGAAGGGACAUGAGACGUACUCUUACUAUGGACCCCUCAACAUGAUCACCUUCAACGUCGGGUAUCACAUGGAGCACCACGACUUCCCCAGCAUACCUGGCAGCAAACUACCUCAGGUCAAGCAAAUUGCUGCAGAGUAUUACGACUCCCUGCCUCAGCACACUUCCUGGUCCCGGGUAUUAUGGGACUUCGUGUUUGACGACAGCAUCGGCCCCUUCGCCAGGAUCAAACGGGAGUACAAGCUGAGCAAGCAGGAGUAGAUCUGAGACGGGUUUACUUUCUCGUUUCUAAGGAAUGUGAAUCUCAGCUAUUAAUUAUAGCCUAUAUUUGAAUUAUUAUUUUUUUUCAUAUGUGUUUUGUGAUUUUUUUUAACCUUUAAUUGUUCAGAGAAACAGUUAUGAAAUUUAGCCUGAUCAUUUUUUACCCCUUUAUUUAUUUAUUAAUGUUUCUAUUCCGGCUCUGUGUAUUUCUAUCUAGGAGGCAUAAAGCUCAUGUUUCCUAUCUGCAUAGAAUUCCGAUAAAGUUGUUAGCUCUCACUCCCUCUGUGGUUUGUGUAUUUUUCCUUUGAGCAUCACUUAAAAAGACUUGUUAUGGGGUACUGGUAGCGCAGUGGUCAGUGCGCGCGCCCCAUGUAUGGAAGCUCAUGUAUGAAGUCUUCCAAGCGGGCGACCCAGGCUCGAACCCAACCGUAGCUCCUUUCCCGCAUGUCAUUCCCCACACUCUCUCUCUCCUUAAUUUCCGACUCUAUCCGCUGUCCUAUCUCUCAAAUGAAGGCACAAAAAGCCCAAAAAUGAUUCUUUAAAAACGUGUUAUACUGAGACUAGAGGCUCCUCAAUCUCCAACAAUUUCACGUCUAUCACGCAGAACAGUGCUGAGGUGGAAAAGAGCUAAAAAAACGUACCUUCCAGUAAGAAGAGCCUUUUCUUCUGUGACGCCACAUCUGUUUGUUUGCAGCUCCAUUGUGCUGUAAAUUGAUCACAUGUACAGAGAGUAGGGGAAAGGAACAGAAUUACUUUAUAACAUAAAAAGUAGUUCUUUAGAACUGUACAGUUUAGGCCUUGGCAUUUUUUUCCCCUAUUGGUCUUUUUUAUGUCUCAGCAAAUAUCGAAUUAAGAAAUUUUCAGUCUGUCGAUGUUUGGUGUCCUCUUAAGACCAAAGAAACUGCUGACAUGUGCAACUCUCCUACAUUUGGCCUCGUGAUGCGUUAAUGUAAAGAUCUCCACUUCACAUAAUCUUUCUUUUGUAAUGACCAAAGCACCAGCAAUUCAGGCAGCAACUCUGAAUCACUUGUUUGCUGAUCUCAAAGGCACAAAAGAGUGACUUAUUAGUCGUUUUUUUUCUUAUUGUCAGUGUCCAGGCAACACCAAUAAACUUGUAUGAUUAGGCCAAACAUUCACUGCAUGAAUAGCUGGUGCAACAAUGCACGCUUAUAUGUGAAAACCUCAUGUUGAUCAAGCAAACAGAAGAACACUGCAGCUUAUCUACAUGAGUCACUGAACGCUUUGCUAAAUGAAAUUUGACUGCAGUUUUUAUAUUGUACAGUGGUUGUUUUGUUCACCCGCUGUGGAGAAAUUAAUCUGUGUUGUGUUUGAUAAGCAUGAUUUUUGUUUCUAUUUAAAGAACUGUAGUAUAAAAAAAUAUAUA